CCGUGUAGUAGCACGUAUUCGGCUUUCAACAUGAGCAGGGACGAGAGGCAGUGCUGUCGUAUAUGUGCUCAGAAGUGCAAUGCUUUGAUUUCUAUGUUCGGGGAAGAAGGAUUAUUCCGGAAACUGAUGUUGAAGCUGAGAUUCUGUCUCCAAAUAAUUGUUCUGGAAAGCGAUGAUUUGCCUAAAGUAAUAUGCAGGAAAUGUGUUGCAAAACUUGAAGUUUGCUUUGAAUUAAUGCAAGAACGCAUAAGAGGGCAAAAUGUAUUUCAAAGAAAAAUAUUCACCCAGCAGGUUCCAGUGAAUUGGAAACAUACAGAGGUGGAGAUGGAAUACAGUCAUGCAAAACAGUUAACAGUUACUCAACAGGAGGAACAAGGUUGUGAUGCACAUCAGGAUCUUUCUUCUCCCUCAGAAUGUGAACCAGAUCACUCAAAACAGUGCCACUGUGAACAAUGUGUUUCUCAAUAUGGAGGAUUGUCACUGUUAGCAGAAGUUGUUGACAAGAACAAGGCUGUUAGUGAUGCUUCUUGUAGUGGUUCUAGUCAUGUUACAUUUGAUGAAACUAAAACUGGCUAUUUAGAAGCAACAGCUGAAAGAGAGACACCAACACGUCAAACAAAAAAAAUAAUAUCUUGUGAAUUUUGUGGUAAAGUGUUCAAUCAUACAGGUGAUUUAAACAAACACAGGCGAAGGCACACAGGUGAACGUCCAUAUCCUUGCCCCCAGUGUGAUAAGCGCUUCAGUCAUGCCAGUAACUUACUUCGUCAUCAAAAGAUACACUCAGGAGAAACACCACACCAGUGUCCAAAUUGUGCCAGAAGAUUCAGUCGUAAAGACAAGAUGGUUAACCAUAUAAAAAAAUCUCGCUGGAAAAGAGGGUGCUGGGCAGAACACUGGGACCAAACAGGGAAGAAGUAUUAAAGAGACUGGAGAAAACUGUAUGAGGAACAUUAUAAUUGUUAUUCCUUGCCAAAUAUUAUGAGAAUGUUACAAAGGAUGAGAUGGCUGGGGCAUGUAGCAUGCAUCGGAGAAAAGAGAAAUGCAUGAGAGUUUUGGUAGGAAAACUUAUGGAAACACACCACUUGGAAGGCCUAAGCAUACAUAGGAGGUAAUAUUAAAAUGGAUCUUAAAGUACCAGAUGGGAGAAUGUAGACUAGAUUUAUCUCGGUGAGGACACAGAACAGUGGUGAACUCUUGUGAACACAAAAUAAACCUCUGGAUUCCAUAAAAUUCUGGGAAAUUCUGCAUUCAACUGAUGCAGAAUUAUACAUCAACACCACAUUAUCAUCUUCACCCCCUUUCUUCCUUUCUCUCCUGCCCUCCUUUCUCCACUAAUGAACUGAGUUACAUCUGCCACCCAAAUAUGUCAAUACUACAAAUUUUCAUGGAAACAGUGAGAAUGACAGCGUGCGCAUGCAUGCGCACACACACAAGCUCAAG